AUGACUGUGAGUAUGACUGUGUAUGACUGUGAGUAUGACUGUGAGUAUGACUGUGAGUAUGACUGUGAGGAUGACUGUGAGUAUGACUGUGAGUAUGACUGUGAGUAUGACUAGACGCGCUCCACUGAGGGCAGCUGUAACCAGAAUAACGGCGGCUGCUCCCAGAAGUGUCAGAUGGCCCGAGGACUGGUCCAGUGCACCUGUCACACCGGCUACAGGCUGAUGGACGACAGCAGAACCUGCCAGGACGUGGACGAGUGUGCGGAGGAGGGCUACUGCAGCCAGGGCUGCACCAACGCUGAGGGCGGCUUCCAGUGCUGGUGUGUCCAGGGCUACGAGCUCCGCCCCGACAAGCGCAGCUGCAAAGCCCUGGGUCCAGAGCCGGUCCUGCUGUUCGCCAAUCGCAUAGACAUCCGGCAGGUGUUGCCACACCGCUCCGAAUACACGCUCCUGCUCAACAACCUGGAGAACGCCAUCGCGCUGGACUUCCACCACAGCCGCGAGCUGGUCUUCUGGUCGGAUGUGACGCUGGAUCGCAUCAUGAGGGCCAACCUCAACGGCUCUAACGUGGAGGAGGUGGUCUCCACGGGACUGGAGAGCCCAGGUGGGCUGGCUAUAGACUGGAUCCAUGAUAAGCUUUACUGGACAGACUCUGGGACGUCCCGUAUCGAGGUGGCCAAUCUGGAUGGGACGCACCGCAAGGUGUUGCUGUGGCAGAACAUGGAGAAGCCCCGAGCCAUAGCGCUACAUCCUAUCGAGGGGAAGAUCUACUGGACGGACUGGGGGAACACGCCCCGCAUCGAGUACGCCAACAUGGACGGCUCGCACCGGCGGGUGAUCGCAGACACACACCUGUUCUGGCCCAACGGCCUGACCAUCGACUACGCCGGCCGCCGCAUGUACUGGGUGGACGCCAAGCACCACGUCAUCGAGAAGGCCGACCUGGACGGACGCAACCGCAAGGCCGUCAUCAGCCAAGGCCUUCCUCAUCCUUUCGCCAUCACGGUGUUUGAAGACAGCCUCUACUGGACUGACUGGCACACAAAGAGCAUCAACAGUGCCAAUAAGUUCACCGGCAAGAAUCAGGAGAUUAUCCGCAACAAGCUGCACUUCCCCAUGGACAUCCACACCUUGCACCCCCAGAGGCAGCCCGAAGGGGGCAGGAACCGCUGCGGUAACGAUAACGGAGGCUGCAGCCACUUGUGUCUGCCGAGCAACAAAAGCUACACCUGCGUGUGUCCCACCGGCUUCAGCAAAACUGACCCGCACAACUGCGCCAGCAGUCUUGACAAGUUCCUGCUUUUUGCCCGAAGGACGGACAUCCGACGAAUCAGCUUUGACACUGAAGACAUGUCCGAUGAUGUCAUUCCUCUGGCUGAUGUGCGCAAUGCCGUGGCGCUGGACUGGGACGCCAGCGACGGCUUCAUCUACUGGACGGACGUCACCACAGACUCCAUCAACAGAGCACUGUGGAAUGGCACCAAGCAGGAGGUGGUGGUGGACACCAGUUUGGAGAGCCCUGCAGGUUUAGCAAUUGACUGGGUGACCAACAAACUGUACUGGACUGAUGCAGGUACGGAUCGUAUCGAGGUUUCCAACGCGGACGGCAGCAUGCGGACUGUCCUGAUAUGGGAGAACCUGGACCGGCCCAGGGACAUAGUGGUUGACCCCAUCGGAGGCUUCAUGUACUGGACCGACUGGGGAGCAAACCCAAAGAUUGAACGUGCUGGAAUGGACGCCUCCAGUCGGGUCGUCAUCAUUUCCUCCAAUCUGACGUGGCCUAAUGGCCUUGCCAUCGACUACGAGACCAAACGUCUGUACUGGGCUGAUGCGGGCAUGAAAACAAUAGAAUUUGGGAACUUUGAUGGCUCUGACCGACAGGUUUUGAUCGGCAGCCAGCUGCCUCACCCUUUUGGCCUGACCGUACAUGAGGACAAGUUGUACUGGACAGACUGGCAGUCUAAGAGCAUCCAGAUGCGUAACCCAUGUGCAGUGAAUAAUGGAGGCUGUAGCCACCUCUGCCUCCUGGCGCCUGCCCCCAAAGCCUCCAGCUGUGCCUGUCCCACUGGGAUCAACCUGCAGACAGAUGGAAAGACCUGCACCCCUGGCAUGAGCAGCUUCCUUAUCUUCGCUCGGAGAACGGACAUCAGGAUGGUUUCGUUGGAUAUUCCCUACUUUGCUGAUGUGGUCCUGGCUGUGAAUAGCUCCAUGAAAAACACCAUCGCCAUCGGGGUUGACCCCAAAGAGGGGAAAGUGUAUUGGUCUGACAGUACACUGAAGAAAGUCAGCAGAGCUAACAUUGAUGGAACAGCACAUGAAGAGAUCAUAUCUACAGGGUUGAUGACAACUGAUGGGCUUGCAGUGGAUGCUGUCGGUAGGAAGAUCUACUGGACAGACACAGGAACCAACCGCAUUGAAGUGGCCAACCUGGACGGCUCCAUGAGGAAAGUUCUCGUCUGGGAAAACCUGGACAGCCCGCGGGCGAUCGCCCUCUACCACGAGAUGGGUUACAUGUACUGGAGCGACUGGGGGGAGCAUGCUAAGCUGGAGCGCUCAGCGAUGGACGGCUCCGACCGCGCGGUGCUGAUCAGCAGCAACCUGGGCUGGCCCAACGGCCUGGCCAUCGACGCGGCCGGGUCCCAGCUGCUGUGGGCGGACGCUCACACUGAGCGUAUCGAGGCGUCUGACCUGAACGGACAGAACCGCCGCACCCUUGUGACCCCGGUCCAACACCCCUACGGCCUAACUCUGCUGGGCUCCAGCAUUUACUGGACCGACUGGCAGAGCCGCAGCAUCCAGCGCGCUGACAAGAACACCGGGGACAACGCCAUCACGGUGCGGGCCAACCUGCCGGGCCUGAUGGACAUCCAGGCCGUGGACAGGGAGAGACCACUGGAGGUGCACCGUGUCAUUGUGUCUUCCUGUCCGCUGCCUCUAGGGUUUAAUAAGUGUGGCAGGAGGAACGGGGGGUGCACCCACCUGUGCCUGCCACGCCCCAACGGCACGUCCUGCGCCUGUCCCACCGGCAUCCUGCUCAAAGGGGACGGCAGGUCCUGCGACGACUCCCCGGAGACUUACCUGGUCUUCUCCAACCGAGUCAGUGUGCGCCGGAUCUCCCUCGACACCAGCGACCACACCGACGUGCACGUGCCCGUGCCGGAGCUGCACAACGUCAUUUCCAUGGAUUAUGACAGUGUGGAGGGAAAACUGUACUACACCGAUGUCACUCUGGAUGUCAUCAGACGUUCAAAUCUAGAUGGGAGUGGCAUGGAAACGGUCAUCAGCCAGGGCCUGAAAACCACUGACGGGCUGGCCGUGGACUGGGUGUCCAGAAACAUGUACUGGACAGACACUGGCCGCAACAGCAUUGAGGUGGCCCGCCUGGAUGGAAGCAGUCGCAAAGUCCUGAUCAAUAACAGUUUGGAUGAACCCCGAGCCAUUGCAGUGUUCCCUAGCAAAGGGUUUCUCUUCUGGACUGAUUGGGGGACCGAUGCCAAAAUAGAACGGUCCCAUCUGGAUGGCUCUGACCGAAAGAUUUUGAUCAAAACCGACCUGGGAUGGCCCAACGGUCUCACACUGGAUUACGACACGAGAAGGAUCUUCUGGGUGGAUGCCCACUUGGACAGGAUUGAGAGUUCGGACCUGAAUGGGAAACUUCGCCAGGUCCUCGUCAGUCCGGUGUCCCAUCCCUUCGCCCUCACACAGUUGAAGCCGCUGUCCUCCCCUCUAAUUCCUUUCUUCCGACUCUCGCAGCAAGAUCGUUGGAUCUACUGGACGGACUGGCAGACUAAGUCCAUCCAACGAGUGGACAAACACACUGGCCGAAACAAGGAAACUGUGCUGGCCAAUGUGGAAGGUCUCAUGGACAUUAUAGUGGUAUCUCCUCACAGACAAACGGGUACAAACCUCUGUGGCAUUAAUAACGGAGGUUGCACGCACCUGUGCUUUGCAAAGACCAACAGUUUUGUGUGCGCCUGCCCAGAUGAGCAGGAUGGACGACCCUGCUCCACCAUUUCAGGUUACGUCCCCACUGCUCCUCCCAAAGAGACCAGCAGCACCCCCGCUCACAACAAGAUCCCCAAAGUCCCCACAAUCGGUCCAGGCAGGGGACAGGCAGUGAUCAACUGCACUGGCAGGAACCUGAACAUGGAAGGCUGCGUGAACACAGUGGUGACAGCUCCUCACGGAGGAGGACUUGGUAUCAGCUAUGUGAUUGGUGGAGUUCUGACCAUCCUGGCGAUUCUGAGCCUCAUUGCAGCAUUGAUUAUUUACAGGCACAAAAAAUCAAAGUUCGCUGAUCCGGGAGUGAGCAAUCUGACCUACAGUAACCCCUCGUACCGCACAUCAACGCAAGAAGUCAAGAUCGAAACGUCACAGAAGCCUCCGAUAUACAACCAGCUUCGAUAUAAGAAAGAGGCUGGAGUGGAAGGAGAUUACACCAAAGAGAAGAUCCGGAUUGUGGAGGGGGUGUGUCUCCUGUCCAACGACGAGCUUUACUGGGACGACCUAAAACAGAUCAAGCCCUCCCGCGGAGGCCUGCACACCUGCAUGCGCACGGACACCGUGUCCCUGCAGGCCAGCAGCGCUUCGCUGGACGACGGUGAGACGGAGCAGCUCCUCCAGGAGGAGGCGUCCGAAUGCUCCUCCAUCACCACCCUGACCCCCUCAGCCAUCACCCCCCAGCGCCACGCCCAGCACAGCCUGCCCGACACCGGCUGGGCCUCCGUACGCAAGCCCUCCACCGAGAGCGAGGUGUGAGGGAGCCCCCCCCAUACCUGACACACAUCCAGACACCUGCAUCUAGAGCCGCUACAUAGACUCAGAGGUAAGUAGGGACAAACGCAGUAACUCGUAGUGCAUACAGUUGGAACCUGGUCGGACUCUCAUAAGCACGCAAAAACACAACUAAAUCGGACACGGAUCUUCUUCCACACACAUGCAUUACAGCCCUCCCCAGCCCAUCAGCUGCGGCCUUCAGGCCAAGUGGGCAACGGAGGAGUGUUAGGGAGCAAAGGACUCCAGGAAGGAAGUGACUGGUGACACGGGCAUUUUCUGGUUUUUGAGAGGACUCAGAUGAGCGCGUCCCCGUGCACAACCUCGCCUUCAUUUUUUGUGAACUCUUAUUUGGAAUUAAGCUACAACAACCUACUCCACAGAUGGUGUAACUACAGUGCUGUCUCUAAUGCUACUCACGUCUUUUAUGGACUCUAUUUAUGGAUUUAACUUUUUACUUGUUGAGUGGGUUUGCUGACUUUUGCUGGAUGAUGAUGAGUCUGUCAGCAGGACCGGCUUUUAUUUAUGACAGUGCCAAAGGGUGGGGCUCCAGAGUCUCAAUGCUUCUUUCUCCGCUUCCUCUUGCAUAGAGAUUUAUGCCGAUUCUGGGGAUGUUUGCUGCAUUCAACUUUACUGGAUCGCCGUCACAGUGACAUUUGCCGCCGUUUUCUCAUUUUGCCACAUCCGGACAAGAACUUACUGUAGCAGGUACUCUCAGAUGGUCCAUUUGGUUACUGCAAAAGCAACCUGAAAAGAGCCGGUCCUGAUCGGUGGGUUUAGCUGUAGAAGCCUUUAUGAAGAAUCAAACGAACAAUUCAGACUUUCUCUCUCUUAAGAUGUAUAUUUAUUAUCUCAGAGGAUUUAAGACAUGACAUUUUUCUUACUAGCUGUUCGGAACUAAACACAAAAAGGGUUCCUAUUGUCAAUCAAUUAUUAAAUUGGUUAAAGUGUAACUAUGCUAGCACUUAUGUGAAUGUAAAAAUCUCCUCCUUUAACAAUAAUUAUCCACUUUUGCUUUCCCUUAACUUGCCAUUGAAAAUGAAAAAUACAAACCUUCGCAGAAUAUUACAGAAAAAGCUGCAGUGUCUCUCAUCAUUUUUAUCAAUAGAGUCGUACCAUUGGCUUAGUUUAGUUUGGAACGUGAUCAAACUGUUGGGUUUGUACUCGGGUGCAACUACGUAGUUUUAAGAUAUAAAAAAAACCUGGCACAUGUAAUCAAAAUUAUUAGCUUGGCCAAAUGCUGCUAGAGGUUAUUGAGGACAUUUGCUCCUUUUAUGAUAUUGGGUUUCAGCCCACUACAUCUGUCUAAGAAACGGCUAACACUGCUCAUAUCUGACCUCAUGGGUGUUUAGAAACACGUCCCUGAUAACAUACUGAGACAUGAUUUUUAAUAGAGGAUAUUUUGCUUUGGCUUUAACUUUAGUGUACCAUUUCUGCUGUUGACUUGUGGUACAAGGAAAUACUAUUGUCCUAUACUGGCAAAUAUCUUUUAGACCUUAUAGAACCGUGUCUUUUGAAGUAUCUGCUACAAGCUCAGCAAUGUGCUGAUUUGCUGCUAGACGAAGCACUGAGGCCAAUGAAAGAGGGUCUUGGCAGCUACAAUUUCUCCAGUCUCUGAUGGUUGGCUGACAGUAGGCCUGCAGAGCAUCAUAGUGAACCAGUAUCAAGUUAUCCCAGCUCACAGUCCCUCCAACUCUGGUGCAAAAAUGCUAAAACUGUACAGAUUUUAUCAUGCCAUUCUAAGCAACCAUUUCUGUUAAUAUUGCGUUAAUCAAGUUGUAUAGUCUUUUGUACAAAGGGAUCUCAUGAGCGUUUAUAGACUUGUAUUAAUUGUACUCACUGGAGAAGAACAAUUUUUGUUUUGUUUUGCUGGAUUCUUUUAACCACUGUAUUUCCAAGCCUUGUAAAUGAUAGGGAAGAUGCCAGUUAUUUGAUAGUGCUUCUUUCUGUAAUGAAAUACUGGUCACAUAUAGCUGUUGUAAAGUUAACAAAAAGAGGUAUUUAUGUAUUUUUUCUUUUUUUUUUUGUUUGGUUGUUACCUGAUGUGUAAAUAUGAAAAAUACUGUAUAUGUAUUUCCAUGGCAGUACUAACAAGAUGUGUUGUGUGAUAUAGUGAAUUAUCCCUUUGCUAUCUUUUAAUAUAAAAUUGCAUUUCAAUGAAA